AUGAGUCUAUCUUUUCAUGAUACAUUUUCUCUUGUCCAAAAAAGUAUUACAUCAUUAAAAAAUCCAAACAAUCAAGUAGACAAGGACAAUGUAAUUGAAAAAUCGCGUAAACUCGUUUUACGUUGUUAUAAUGCACUUGCUUCACAACAAGAAUUAUCUGGUGUGCAAGUUGCUUCUUAUCUUAUGAAUUGGGAUGACCACUACACAACACAUAAAUUUCAAGGUCUUUAUCUUAUUCAAACUGAACGAUUUUUACAAUCUGAAUUGAAUGAAAUACGUGCGAAACAAAAUCUUCAAUCAACAUCACAGGAUGUAAUUGAUGAUGAAGAUAUAUUUGAUGAUGAGACAAUUAAUGAGGAAAACAACGAUGAAGAACAUUUCCAAGUUCAACCAGCGGAAGAUAAAAACAAUUUUAUACUAGUUAAUACACGCGUUGAUUAUCAAUAUCGUUCAAACAGCCUCAACAACACUUGUUUAUAUGAUUUUGUCAGUACAUUUUAUAAAAGAAAAAUUAAUGAAACCGAUAUAAAAUAUUUAUCAAAAUCCUCUACGACUGAAAAACGACAAGAUAAUCAAAAAGGUCGACCAUCUAAUGAACGAUUUUUUUUUCAAAAAGACCAUCCUCAAGCAACAACACAUCUACUCAUGAAAUACAGUGAAGCUCAUGUACCUGUUCUUUAUGGUCCUCAAAUUCCUCGACAAGAUCGCGAUGAUACUCGAGAAAGAUACAAUCGUGCGCUUCUCACACUUUUCGUACCAUGGCGCAAUGUAAUUGAUCUUUGUGAUAUCAAUCAAACAUGGGAAGAUGCAUUUGAAUCUCGAAAACAUUGUAUUUCGGCUCAUUCAUGGAAGAUUAUAGAAAAUAUUCAACUUUUACAUGAAUGUAAAAACGAUCGUGAUGAACAUUUACUUCAAGUUAUUGCUGAAGCACAGGUCGAUAAUGAUUCGAUUGAUCCUACAUUUUUACCAUCAAAUCACGGUGCUGAUGGUGAAUACGAAGUAGAUGAUAUCGAGGAUUUGAUUCAAUUAAUAGGCAAUGUAGAUGAAUUUACAGCUGCUGCAAUCAAUGUCACGAAAAAAUCAACAGAAAACGUAUAUAUUCGCGAAACGAUUGAAGCUGUGGAAAAAGUUGGACGGUUCAAUCAUAUGAAUCGUCAUGAUCAACAUGUUUCAAAUACAGGCAUUGAUCGACAAAUUGUACCGUUUGUUUCCGCAACACCUAAUCUUAUUAAACUUAAUUCAAAAUGGCAAGAUCAAUUGAAGAAUGAAAAGGAACGAAUCAGGCGCAGUUUGAUUUCGGGAAAACAUAAUACUGAUGAUGAUAUAUUGGAUUUUAAUGAUGUAACUGACGCCGUUGUAACGGUAGUCAUUCCCUAUAAUAAUCGAAAUAAUGUCAAAAAAAAUACAUCAAUUCCACCAGUACUUGUAGUUAAAAACAAUUUUUCAACUCAAAACAGCAUCAUUGAUGAAUUUACAUUGAACAAGGAACAAAGAGCCGCAUUCUUGAUAAUAACAAGUCAUCUCGAUGGUGACAAUCGAUGUCGCACAGGUGACAAUAAUGGUCAGCUCAUUAUGUGUAUACCUGGAUGUGGUGGAACGGGCAAAUCACAAUUGAUUCGUGCUCUUACAAAAUAUUUUCUCAU